UAAACCAAUAAAGAGUAAGAAAUUAAGGAUUAAAAAACAAAAAGGUGCCAAAAUUUCAUCUAGUGUGUUCGAAGUAGUUUCAAAAGAUGACGCAUCUUUUUUACUAAAAUUAUCCAUUUAGUUGCACUUCUAUCACACUCCCCAUAAUAAACUAAAACUACUCCUUGAAAAUCUGUAUCUUUCACACUAAAACUUGGCUAUUUUGAACUCUUAAAAAAAAAAAAAAAAAAUAGACCAGAGCAUCUGCUAAAAUGGUGGAAGGUGGAGUAAUCAAGGCAGAUAAAACUGAGUUUACAGAAUGUUUCAGAACUAUUGGAAGAACUCCUUACAUCUUAAGGCUUGCUUUUUCUGCUGGCAUUGGAGGCCUUCUCUUUGGUUAUGACACAGGUGUUAUAUCUGGGGCUCUUCUUUACAUCAAAGAUGAAUUCAAAGAGGUGGAUAGAAAAACAUGGUUGCAGGAAACCAUUGUGUCCAUGGCAGUUGCAGGAGCGAUUGUUGGAGCAGGACUUGGAGGGUGGCUAAAUGAUAAGAUAGGAAGAAAACCAACAAUUAUAAUCGCGGAUGUUUUGUUCUUCAUCGGUGCUAUAAUCAUGGCCCUCGCUCCUGUUCCAUGGGUGAUUAUACUUGGAAGAAUAUUUGUUGGUUUAGGAGUUGGAAUGGCUUCCAUGACUUCACCAUUAUACAUAUCUGAGACGUCACCUACUAGGAUCCGAGGUGCCCUUGUUAGCACUAAUGGUUUGCUCAUCACAGGAGGCCAGUUCUUAUCCUACCUCAUCAACCUAGGUUUCACUCAGGUUAAGGGGACUUGGAGAUGGAUGCUCGGAGUGGCUGCAGUUCCAGCAUUUGUGCAACUUAUAUUGAUGUUGUCCCUUCCCGAGUCUCCUAGAUGGCUUUAUAGAAAGGAUAAGGUCUCGGAGGCAGAGGCUAUCUUGGCUAGUAUUUAUCCCCCGGAAGAACUGGAAGAGGAGAUGAAAGCACUUAAGGCAUCAAUUGAGUCUGAAAGGGCAGAAGAAGGAUCAGAUGGUGGAGGUAACAUGUUAAGCAAAAUAAAACAAGCUUGGGGAAGCCAAGUAUUCAGAAGAGGGCUAUAUGCAGGUGUAACAGUUCAAGUGGCUCAACAAUUUGUGGGUAUCAAUACAGUCAUGUACUACAGCCCCACAAUCGUGCAGUUAGCUGGGUUUGCCUCGAAAAGCACUGCCUUGGCACUGUCAUUAAUCACCUCCGGACUCAAUGCAGUUGGAUCGAUUGUCAGCAUGAUGUUUGUUGAUAGGCAUGGCAGAAGACGGCUUAUGAUCAUUUCAAUGGUUGGCAUCAUUACUUGCCUUGUAGUCUUGGCUAUUGUUUUCUAUCAAGCUGCUGCACAUGCUCCUAAAAUUAGUCUUGCUGAAUCCACCCAUUUUGGAGUCAACUCUACUUGUUCUGCUUUUACCUCUGCUCAAAAUCCUGCAACUUGGAACUGUAUGACUUGUUUGAAAGCUGCCUCAGAUUGUUCUUUCUGUGCUAACAAAGGGAAUGAGUUGCACCCUGGAGCAUGUUUGAUGAACACGAAUGGCUUGAAAGCGGCAUGCCAUGGGGAACACAGAGUGUACUUCACAGAAGGUUGUCCUAGCAAAUUUGGAUUUUUGGCUGUCAUACUCCUAGGAGCAUACAUUAUAUCGUACUCCCCAGGGAUGGGAACAGCACCAUGGAUCGUCAACUCAGAGAUCUACCCUUUGAGAUACAGAGGAAUAGGCGGAGGAAUUGCUGCCAUGGCUAACUGGACAUCGAACCUUAUAGUGAGUGAGACGUUCUUGACCCUAACCCAAGCCUUCGGAUCCGCAGGCACCUUUCUCUUGUUUGCCGGGUUCUCCAUCAUUGGGCUUGUUUCCAUCUACUUCUUGGUGCCUGAAACCAAAGGGCUACCCAUUGAAGAAGUUGAGCAUAUGCUAGAGAAGGGGUUUAAGCCUAGAUUUCUUGGUAGAGUCAAGGAGGAGAACAAAAUUAGUGAAGCUUGAGUAUAUACUGUUGUGAUCAUGGUAAAAGACCAAGGAACAUAUUUUGAGAGGUGAGGGAUGACUCGCUGCUUAGAAGUCUUGGGGAUCGAUUCUCAAGCUUGACAAGUUGCCUCUCCUUUCCUCCCCAACUUGUCGAGGUUUCUUCUUAUCCAAACAAAAUAAUUAUUAAAGACCAAGCAAAGGUAUAGUCGUAAAUUAAUGUCUUUGGGAUUUGGAGGAAUUAUCGUUUGGGAAAGCCUCACUUAGCAAUCAAAAGCACAAGAUGGAUAGAAUAGAUUUCUUACAAUUUCUAAGUAUAUGUAUUUGUUAGGUUCAAGUUGAUCUUUCUUUUCUUUGUAUAAAACUAUAAAUCCAUCUUUUGGUAGUGAUUAUUUUUCAAUGGUAAGAAUUAAAGAAUCAAAAGUAAAAAAAUUUAUGGAGUCCA